CAAGAAUAUUGAGAAAAGAAAAAGAGACACUGGAUGUUGCUAUUCGACUGGAUGGAUCUUCAGCAUUUUUGAACGCUUAAGCAUAAGCAAGAGAAUCAAAUGUGUGGGAAAAGGUGUCAGAAAGGAAUUAACUCGGAUAUGAAUAGAAAAGGUUCAAGCAAGGAUAUUUCUGAAGAAAAAGAGAUGUAGAUUGGGUAUAAUGAGGAAGUCAGAACUAAAAAUUUAUAUAUAAAAAAAAAAAAAAAACAUUUUGACUAUCUCCGUUUUCACAGUUCCCGCUCUUCCCUCACACUUCCUCUGGUGUAUCCCCCCAUCGUCAGCGCGAUGUGGCAGUGUCGGCACGCGACCAAACGUUUCCCCCUGACGCCGCGACGUCUCUCUAACCGCCCCGACGCUCACUCGACGCCUCAUUGCCCAAAGAGUGACGUUGGUGAUAGGACGUCGGCUCGCUCGGAGACCCGUCGCGACGCUCGUUAUUUACGUACACCGGAACGCGAAAAAUUAGUCAUACAACUUUUCUUAGGCGUUUUGCGAAUUAUCUGUUGAGGACAUUUUUGCAACAUUACGGACUUACAAACCGAAUCAGUCAAGGACGACAGUUCCGUCCAUGACCCAAUAAUGACUGCAAAAGCCAAAAGGCUCGCAGGUGCAGAACCAAUCCGAAGAGCUAACAAACCCCUAAUGGAAAAACGACGCAGAGCCAGAAUCAACCAGAGCCUUGCAGCCUUGAAAACUCUGAUACUGGAUUCGGCAAAGGCUGACAACACCAAGCAUUCCAAGUUGGAAAAGGCUGACAUUUUAGAGUUAACAGUAAGGCACUUCCAAAGACAUAGAAGUCUAGAUGUUAAAGGCAUCAAUCAAUACAAAGCUGGCUAUGGAGAUUGUGUUAGAGAAGUGCAAAGGUAUUUGGAAACGCCUGAUGCUCAAACCAUGACCGUUAUGGAUUCUGGAGUGAGGCAAAGAUUAUUGAGACAUUUGGACGGAUGCGUUUCGGAAGUGGACGUGGAUUUGAGGCAAGCCACAACGCUAGCCCCAUCCGUAGAGGAACGACUUCAGCAUCCAGACUCAUCUACACUAGUCGAAGAAGUCAAUAAUAACACUAACAGCAACCCGGCCAGUAGGGUUGAAAUUAAAACAGAGGACCCUAAAGCCAUUAAAAACUACGAUGGGAAUUUCGUGCUUUUGCUGCCGGAGCAUUAUGUGCAAUUAGCGAAUGCCUUAGGGGUGAACCUGAGGCAAUCGAGUGAAGGGACACCGAGUCCUGGACCUGGACCUUCUGGCCCGAUUGAAGAGGAAGAGGUUAGGGUUAAAGUUGAAAAGCCUUUGGAUUAUAGUAAGGGGAAUGAACAGGGGGAUAGUAUGUGGAGACCGUGGUAGGUUUUUUGACUGACUAGUUGAAAGUUAAUUUUCUUGGAUUUUUUUAUAUAGGUAAUGUGUUUUUCCAACUACCACAUUGAAAUUAAUUUAAAAUGAUUUGGCAUAGUACACAAUUGGGUUGAUUAAUUAAUUUCUAUGAAUUUGGAUAGAAACAGCUAGUCUAACUGAUAACGCCAACCCAACCAAAUCCAACAGAUAUUGAAAUUAUUGUCAGUUGAGGUUGUUAAUCAAAUGUUUUUUUGUUUUGUUGAUUUUUUAAUUAUUAAUGUUCGUACUUACCUAUUAUUUUCCUUUUCCUACCAAGUAUGUAGGCAUGUUUUUGUGACACACAAGCUAGCGAUACAAAAAUCCGUCAUGAUGUGUUUUUUUUUCAAUCAAGUAAGUAUAUGAGUUUAGGGAAAAAUCACGAUAAACUUUGCUGUAGGAAUAAAUUCUUGACAAAAUAUAAGGUGCCUCAUGAAAUGCCGCAAUUUAAGUUUAUAAGUAUUUUGUUUUUUUAAUUGUUAAUUAAUUUCCUACCAAACUGUUUGUGUAAAAUUGUACAAAAUUGUACAUACAAAAUGACAGAAAUAAUUCACUCAAAUGCUAGAAUUUUGUAUUUUAAUAGGAAUAGGAUGGAUAAGAAAUUCGUCUUAUGAAAAAAAAAACAAAUUAUUAUAGAAAUGUUACAAAUUUUUUUAUUUAAAUAUUUUAUUGUUGCUUAGUAUUUAUCUUCUUCUAUUGUGAUUGUA